AUGGCUCCACUGGUGAAGGAAGACAUCCGUGUUCGAUUCCCAGCCCUCGCACAUCUCGAUGGCACAGCCAGGCACCAGUCCGUGGGGCAAGCGGACGAGCCAUGGAUUCAUGCGUUGCUGCUCGCUGUGAAGAAGUGGACCGGCCUGGCUGCCCUCAUCAACACCAGCUUCAAUUCCAAGGGCAGGCCCAUCACAAAUCGGGUCCAAGAGUGCGUGCAGAUGUUGCGCGACUUGCCGGAUCUGGAUUUCGUCCUCAUCGAAGACUGGCUUUUCGAAGCCCCGAGAUGA